AAGGUGAUCGUAAAGCUUUCUAUGAGAAUUCCCAAUGGAACAUCAAGAAGAACAAGGAGUCCAUUUUGCGGUUGAGGCAGGAGAAUAAGAAAUUGCAUCAGAGAUUGGCAGACCUCCUAGCGGGAGAGGAAAAAGUAAUUAAGGCUGCAUUCCAAGAACAUCCAAAUGAACAAGGAGCUGUGAAAAAUAAAAGUGGGGAGACUCUGCGAACACUGGAGAACCGUUUGGAAAAGGCCCGGUUCAAGACUGAGGAGGCUGUACGCAUCACCAACAUGUAUAAAAAGCUAAAAGCACAUAUGCAGGAGGAAAGCUUGCACUUUCAGAACAAGCUGGAUGCCCUGGAAGCGGAAAUUUUACGUCUGCGCCAUGAGCUCCAAGAACUGGAAAGCGUGAAUACUGAAGCACAACAUGCUCGCAACGUUGCAAGGCACUCCCAGAAGGAUCGUAUCUCAUUUGGAACUGAAGAUCUGCUUAGAGAACCUCAGUUUAAGAAAUCAAACAUCUUGAAAACCAAACAGGCUGUGCUCACGGCCUCUGAAAACUUCGACAAAGUCCGAGCAGCCACUGGGGUCACCGAGGCUAAUGAUGUUGUGGCCUGCUUUCUGGCCCAAGAAGAAACAUUCAAACAGUUGGAGGAAAUGAAGAAUGAGAAUGAACUGUCCUUGGAACAGCUUAAAGAAGAAAAGGAAGCACUAUUACAUGAACUAGAGCAUACUAAGUACUCAGGAGAGGCCCGGAAAGUAGGAGCUCAGAAUCUGAUGAAGGAGUUACAUGACCACCUACAAAAGGAAGAGAAGAGGCGUGAUGCAACCCAGGCUGAACUGGACAAGGUGAACCGGGUUCUGUUGAAUGCCAAGGCUGGCAUUGAACAUUUGGCUUCCAAAGUUCAGCAUAUCAAACUGGUGAGUGCUAAAACUCUUGGUUUUGGCUUCACAGAUACAUCAUCUCCCUUAGUUAUAAGACAGUGUGGUUGUUUUCUAACUCUUGAUUUUCGUUUUAUGACAGAUUUUACCACUCAUCCGCCAUAUUCUCCUGCCACGGUGGAUAAUCUUCCUUAUGGCUUAUGGCGCCAUGAUGUUUUUGAUCUAUUUUUUAAAAAUCUAUUUGCAGAUGAGGAGGACAGUGGCGAGGAGGACGCUGAUGUGGUGACAAGGGCAGCUCUGAAACGUCAAUCCCAGCAAAUCAUUGAGGCCAAGACCAAACGUCGCACUCGCUACAGAAAGAAGGACGGGAAACCGUGAUCGCAUUCUGUGUGGCCCUUAGAACCUCCUUGGCUAUUAAAAGUGCUUCCUAGUUACUGGUCUUCUACAUGUGAGCCAGUCCCACAUUUUAUGUCCACCCAGUUUUGCAGAACUCAGAGAAAUAAUGACCCAUUAUUUGUGGAUCUGUCCCACCUGCCUAAGCGCACAGGGAGUGGUGUGUACCUGUGUACACAGGAAUUUAGUGAGCUGAAGUCAGUGUCCUGUUUCCCUGCCUUUUAUCUCUCAGCUAUACGAGGAGAGUGGGUCCAUCUAUGGAGAUGUGACCUUGAGGUUUCUGAAGGAGAGAAGAGAAAUUUAUCUAGUUCCCCAUCCAAAUAAUCCAGAUUAUUUCUCAGAGUUUAUAAAAUCUGUGCCCAACUGUACCCACUGGGCCUAAAUUUGACUGGUUUUGCCGCCCACCCAUCCCAACAUUCUAUCACAAGGGUGGAUGUCACUUGCUCUGUGACUUUCUGUAUAUAUCAGAACACACAUAUUGUUUUGCUGUGUAUGAUCCAAUAAACCCUGUUCAGGCUGAAA